AGAUGGAGAGAAGGACAGUCGCCGCGCGAAGGGAUGGAGCGGCUGAGCCCAGACAGCUUUGUCACGUGCCAGAGUGGAUUAGUCACUGUCGGUCCGGGCCCGUCGACUGCUUCCGGUUAGCAGUUUUGUGCGGGCGAAGUGAAGCUUCCCUCGUCCACUGCAUUCUCUCCACACCUCAAAUACAGAUUCAAAAUAACUAUUCACAAGGUCUGGACCGGGCCACCCUUGCAAAUGGUCAAAGGAAAGUCCAAAGGCAAGAAAGUCUCCUCAGGGGGUGCAAAUAGCCAUAUACGGGCACGCAUAGACUAUCUAUACAAAGCCGCGACUCUCCUACAAGCCCAGUCCAGAGCUUGUCAUGUUGACGACGCCACCAAUGAGAUGGACAAUCAGAAGUCAAAUGUCCCAGCACGUAUAGUGCCGCUCAUUGUUGACUCUGCGGGUACAGUGGCUGAAAAUAAGCCCCAGCAUAAGCAGAAUGAGACAGGACAGCUUCCUCAGCUUUCUCGAGAGUAUUUGUCGCAGAUGCGCGGUGUAUCCCUGAAAACGCAGCUUCGAUUGCCAGUUGAAAUGAAAAGAUCAUUCUGCAAACGAUGCGACACGCUUCUAGUUCCUGGUGUAACCUGCACACGGGAAAUCAGAAACCCCAGUCGCGGCUGCAAAAAGCCAUGGGCUGACCUCUUGGUGAUUCGCUGCUCUACCUGUGGCACAGAAAAGCGUUUCCCUCAAACAGAAAAGCGCAGCAAGAAGCUGCCUGAUCGCCGGCAAGCGAAAACCCACGAGAAGCAAGAGAACCAGAGCCGUGCAGGUACUUGAUUAUCGCAUCCUUGCUGCAGAGAAUGGUCCUAGAAUCUGUCUCUUAAAUUGCCCUUUGAUUCGCCUAUCAUCGUGGAUGCGCCGUGCAAUAUAGUCCAUCCAGAAGGAUGGUCUGAUGUGAUUAAUCUCUCAGCAAAGCUCAAC